AUGCCCACAGCACAAGUAAAGCGCUCUCUUGGGCGACCCCGAAAACCAGUUGAAGAUGCGAAAUCCAUACGACGCGCCCAGGUCCGCGAAGCGCAACAGGCGUACCGAUCUCGCCAACAGUCUCAACUCUCUUCACUAAAAGCUCGGGUAGAGCAACUGGAAGAUGUACUUAAUCAGCUGAGCCAGACGAUGCACAUAUUCGAUAAUCAAGUGAUCCGGGAUGGGUCGCAGUGGUCCCAACCUCAACUUUUCCGGACAGUCCAGCUGCUGCGGGAUGAUAUAGUCUCCCAUUUCAAGCGGGCCGAUAUUCACUUUCAAGAGUCCCCAAAGAACCAAACUUCAGAACCAUCCCCGUCUGUCAAUGAGCAAGCCCACGCGCAGGUCGCAUCCGAGGUGUCAAUCGGCAGAUUAAAAGAUCACACUUCGCAGUCUGACUUCUGGAAGCUUUUUCUGGCCUCAUCCGCUGGCAUUAUUCCGUCGACUAAUACCUGGACCCUAGAUAACCAAUUGAAUGUCUUGGUUCCCAUUUCUGUGGCACCAUCUAUUGCUGAAACACACACCAUCCAAUACGCAACCACGUCCUUCACUCAACGGCUUUUCCGCGCUUGUGCUGAAAGUGGCCAUCGGUUUCUGUCUAACCUCUCAUAUAGAGAUGAAGAUAUGUGGGAGUUUGGACUACUCUUACAAAGAAUGCCACGAGCAGAGAUCCGAGAUUAUUUCGGACGUGUCAUGAGCAUGGAACCUUGCCAUCCUAUCAUCGAUGCUCGAUUCCCAUAUAUCAGCCUCGGUGGUGCAGGAACACACUUUCUACAAACUUCUGGUGACGCUUUUCCAGAUAGCUUCGCCCUCUUCCGAACAACAAAUGGCGUGUCUCAUGUUCCUGCUGAUGAAGACUGGUUUGAUGUGCAUGAUGUCGAGAGAUACCUGUUCAAUCAAGGCAUCGGUGUGGGCCAGUUUCCUUCGUCCGCCCUUACGAUAUCUUAUCCAUCCAGCCCAGGCGGCGUGCCUUCGAACUUAGAGAGCCCCCAAGGGCAAUUGCCAGGCAGUAUGAUGAUGGUCAUCGAUGAGUAUAAACUCGUUAACAGAUUGAGCCAGCUUCCAGUCGCUCUGGGCUGUGUGGCUGGCUUUCGCCGGUCUGAUGUCGAGAGGGUAGUAUCCCACAAUGUGAGGUGGAUCUCAGUUGGAGUUUGUCCAGGGUAG